AUGUCAAUAAGCAACGGCUGGUCGUCGUCGUCAAUUAUAUCCGACGUGCUGCCAGAAGAAGAGUUUGAAGAGGUUGAGGAAGAUGAACUAAUCCUAUCUGAAAACGAUCGUCUUCGAAGUCGAGUUGAGGAGCUGGAGAAAAUUGUGGUAGCGCAGAGAAAUGAAAUUGUUUUACUGCAAAGCUCGACAGUGGAAAUUCUGCGGCGCUUGCAAAAUUUGGAGGUUCAGGAAAAGUCGAAAUCCCCAGUGUCAUCGGGAUAUAACUCUUUACCCCGCCGAAUCUCCGGCUCCAAAAGUACCUACUCUGUGAGCCCAUCCUCUCAACACCCCUCUUCUCUUCCACGUCAAUCCCAUUCCCAAAACUCCAAAUCCAUCUAUAUCAACGGAAUGAGCAGCACCGAAGACGUCGCUCAGAUGCCUCGUCGUCCUCCAACACGUGGCAGUGAUAUGGUCAAUGUGUCCGUUGGAAAAUCGGCGCGAGGAUCGCCAAUGAGGAAAUGGGUGUCCACUCAUGACAUGAAGGAUACGGAGAGGUUCAGAAGACUAUCCACGUCCUCGGAAGCCAGCACAAGUGCCACGACUAUCACUAUGAAUCCGAUUGUGAAUAGUGUGAGGAGAUUGUCAACCACCCACCGGCAAUCCAGCCCUUCACUUCUAUCCCUUUGCUCAAUUGUUUCCAGAAAUCCGAGCACGUCUUCUAUCUUGCGGCGGAACAAUAGAGCUUGCCAAUUUUCCACUGGAAACGACUAUUUGCCAAUUUUCAUUUCCGGAAAAUCGGUACAUGUUCCAGUGCCCACCGGAUAUGAGAACAUUGAUCCAACGGCAGAUCAAGACCCGCCAAGUGUGAAGGCCACAUUGAAGCAUGUGUAUAGCUACCGGGGAAAGGAUGUAAGGUCAAAUAUCGAAGCAUUGCCAACUGGAGAGCUAGUGUUCUUCUCAGCGAACAUGGUGAUUUUGAUGAACAUUGUUGGUGAUGAUAGAAGUCAAAGGAUCUACCAUGGACAUACUUGUGAUGUUAAAUGCAUCGCACUUCACCCUAACAAAAUCCUCGUGGCAUCCGGUCAAUCAUCCUGUCACUCAUCGGAAAAAGCGCUAAAAACUGAGCACACUUCUCCAGUGGAAUCUCCGGAAGAGCUGGUGAAACAACUGGAAAUGGAACACACAGAAGCUCAUGUUAGAAUAUGGGACACCGUUAAACUCACCACCCUAAUGAUUCUCACUGGUUUUGAAAAGGGCAUUUGCCACGUGGCAUUUUCUAGAACCGAUUCUGGAAGUUCGUUGGCGGUGGUGGAUGAUUCGCUGAAGCAUACGCUAUCGGUUUGGAAUUGGCAGAAAGGAAAGCGAUGUGGAGAAGUGAAGGCAGCGAAUGAUCUGGUUUUUGAGUGCAAAUGGCAUCCGACUAUUAGAAAUUUGAUAGUUGUGUAUGGAAAAGGGCAUUUCUCGUUCUUUAAUUAUGAUCCGGCUACUGGAGUUUUGGUCAAGACUGUUGCCACUUUUGAGGGUCGAGACAAACCAAAAACCGUGUUGAGUCUAUGCUUCGGUGCUGACGGACAAGUGGUGACUGGCGAUUCAAACGGAACUAUCUCAAUUUGGGAUCCGAGAACAUGCAAGACCAUCAAACAAGCCCAUUCGGUUCAUCCCGGCGGUGUCUACUCCUUAGCACUAGCAAAGUCUGGAAAAUUAUUAUCCGGUGGAAAAGAUCGUAUGAUUUCGGAAUGGGAUGUUAAUGAUCUAGUCCGCUCGAGAAGACCAAUUGAGCUGCCAGAUGAGAAGGGCUUUCCACGUGUCAUACUUCAAAGAGACCCAGGAGACCUAACAUCUCUUCUAACCUGUGGCGAUGCCAAACUGAUCACUACCUCCCAAUGUGGUACUGUACGCAUUUGGAAUCAUCUGGAGAAGAAAAUUGAAUUCUCCAAAAAGUUCAUGGAUUCUGUAGAGUGUGUUGAUGUGGAUGCUACACAUACACACAUCAUCUUGGGAUUCGCUGGUGGGCUUUGGAAUGUGAUCAAUAUUCCGAAGCAACAGACUAUUGAGGAGAAGAAGGAGGGGACCGCGGCGAUUACAGCUGUCAAGUUUACACCAGUUGGAGGAACGUUCGCAGUGGCGACUAAGCCUUCUAUUGCUUACAUUUUAUAUUUCCAGGAACCCUCUCUCACUGUCUACCGCAUCGAUGCUUCCAAAAACUUGCUCGUUAUCUCUCGAAUCCAUCAUCUUCCAUCUCCAUUGAUCGCAAUUGACUUUUCAACAGACGCUCAAUAUCUGCGAGCUCAAUCCACUGGAGCGCAUUUACUAUUCUGGUCAAAGAAUGGGGAGAUCUGCGAUGGAAGUACAGUGAGAGAUGUAAAAUGGGCUAGUUCUCGAGUGAAGAUUGGUUUUGAAACAGCACUAGUGGCGCAUUCCUCUAAUGGUCAAGUCUCUACAGUAUCCCAGAACGAUGAACUUGUGGCGGUUGGAAUGGAAAACGGAACGAUUCGAGUCUACUCAAGUCCAGUGACAAGUGUUACAGCUGGAUUUGUAGAACUUUUGGGACAUGGAAAGCUUGUGAAAAGUGUGGCAUUUAAUACAAAGUAUCAAUUGUUCUCCUGUUCGCCAACUGAUAAUUCUAUUUUUGAGUGGAGUUUAGAAUGA